UGUAGAUAGAUGAAGUAAAAUCUGUCAUGGCUGAUGGCCAAUAACAACACAAUCGUUUGUGAACAUUUUGUGAUAAAUAUUUCCCAAAGCAUUGCAAACAUUGUGGUAUAACGUAAAUAACAAUCCCUUUCUCUUCUGAGGCACAAACGCUCCAGACAAAUCAAGAAUAUGUUUUUGGUUGUUUAAAACGUGUUGCAUAACAAAAUCCUGCUAUUCGACUUGUAUGCUGCCUACAAGCAGUAAUCUAAAAAUAUUGUGAAGUCCGACCUCAUCCGGUACCUAACCCGGUCCAAAUGAACAUGGCUGAAAUGUGCCGAUUAUGUCUGCGUCAGAAAUCUGACACAAUUCUUGUGGCGAUGGAGGAUGACGAGUUACGACAGAAAAUCGAUCGAAUUUUCUACUUUCAGGUCAUCCGAAAUCAGGACGUUCCCAGUUUGGUCUGUGAUGCUUGCAAACACACGGUUAUUGGAUUCUAUGAAUAUGCCGAACAGGUAUUGAAGAACCAGCAAUUCCUACGCGCUACGCUAGUUCCAUCUACUUCAGCGACGUCACUCGGCGCUAUCAGUUCUCAGGAAACACUUGGAUUAGAUCCUAGUGUUGCUGAUUCUUCGAUCAAGCUUGAGUAUGCUGUUAAGAAAGAACCGGACGAAACGGAGUGGGUCGCCGUUGACACAUACUGCGAAACUACGAUUGGUGCAAUGCAAUCCAAUCACGGCGAGCUAAACACCGUGGCUGAUUUAGAUGAUGUGGAUAUUGAUUUCAAGGAAGAUCACGAUUGGAAACUAAAUGAUUCUGCUGAGGAAGAGGAGGAUGAAGAAUCGGAAGAUUCACUGUCAGAUGGCGACGAAGAUUGGAAUGACGAUGAAGAGUCUAUGGAGGAUACUAAACCUAAACGAAAAUAUACUCCUCGAAAGCAUAAAAAGUCGAACGCUGUUAAACCGGAAAAGAAAGAAUGUAAGCCAAGGCAAAGACAAGAGGGACCAACGAUAGACGAGUUGGUUCUGGAACAUUAUAAAUUAUCGUGCGAUUUAUGUGCGGAGCCUUUGGAAGAUUUCACCGAUCUUCGCAAGCACUACAAAUAUGUUCACGAUCAACCGGGAUACCUGAAGUGUUGCAAUAAGAAAAUUUUCAAAAAAUGUUGGAUGGUUGAGCACAUCCAGCUGCACCUGAAUCCGGAUGCAUUCCAUUGCGAUAUAUGCAAUAAGAGCUACAGCUCCAGUAAGGUUCUUAAAGAACACACCAAAGAAGUUCAUUCUCCCAAUGAGAACCGCCCGUUCAAGUGUGAAACCUGUUUGAAACCGUUCGUCUCGCAUGCACACCUGAACGCCCACGUAAUGGUUGCACACGGGUCGGUUCCUUGUCCCCAGUGUCCAAAGGUUCUCGCAUCCCAGGGUUCACUCAAAAAACACCUGGUGGCAAUGCACGGCGAUGGUGAGCAGUACGUUUGUGACGUGUGCGCUAGGGUUUUUCGAUCCAAGCAGUGUUUCGAUACACACGUCAAAGGUCACUUGGGCACUCGGCUAGAGAACAAAGUCCAAUGCAGCGUUUGUUCCGUUUGGCUCACGGAUAAGUACUGUCUGACGAAACAUGUUCGCCGGAUGCACGUCGCGCCGGAUCUACCGCUGUCGUGUGAACUGUGUGGUAAGCAGGUUCGUAAUCAGGAUGCCCUGAACUGCCAUAUGCGACGGACGCAUACGGAAAGUCGGUUCGAGUGUGACAUUUGCCACAAAAAGUUCAAACGACCACACCACAUGAGAGAACAUGUUGCAAUUCAUCACACCGGAGAGGAUCUGUAUGGUUGCAAUCACUGUCCGGAGCGGUUCAACACUAAAAACAAGCAGUACAUGCACCGAAAGACUGUCCAUCCAGUUGAGUGGGAGGAGGAAAUGCGCAAACGGAUCAUGAAGGUUGCGUGAAUAUAGGCGGGCCUUUCUCUUGUGUGAUUAUACUUUUUUCUCAAAGAUUUUUGAUGUGGCAGUGGAUUGAAAUUAUCUAAUAAAACUUUGUCAGUGAGGUACAUGUCUGUCUGUA